GGAGAACUCUAUACUUGCACUGAGAUAUAGGAAGACUUUCAUCUGCAACCAUAUUACAUCUCCUCAUAAUACAAAGGAUGAAUCUGGAUAAGUAUGUGUUUGCUGUCUCAGCUAUCAUUAUGUGUGCUUCAGCGUCACAUUUUCUUGACCAAGAAUGGAAUGCCUGGAAAUCUAAAUAUGGGAAAAAAUAUGUCACUCUGGAUAAAGAGCUGCACCGAAGGCAAGCCUGGGAGACCACAUGGGAGAAGGUGCAGAAGCAUAAUCAGCUCGCUGAACAAGGGCUCAAAAGUUACAGAAUGGCCAUGAAUCAGUUUGCAGACAUGACUGAAGAUGAACGAAAUUCCAAAAGCUGUCUUCUUCCUAAAGAAAAAUUCCCCAAAACAGUAAAAGCUGAAAGCUACAGUUAUAAACAAAGUAUGGCCAUUCCAAAAGAAGUGGACUGGAGGAAAUCAAAUUGUGUGACUCCUGCAAAAAAUCAAGGAGGUUUCUGUGGAUCCUGCUGGGCAUUUGCCACGGUGGGUGUCAUGGAAUCCCGCUACUGUAUUAGGACCAAGGAACUGCUUAACCUGAGCGAGCAGCAGCUUGUAGACUGUGAUGAGAAAAAUGAAGGCUGCUGUGGGGGAUUUCCUAUACAUGCCCUGGACUAUGUGGCACACCAUGGUGUCAUGAGGAACAAGGAUUAUGAAUACGCAGCAAAGCGAGACACCUGUGAAUAUAAAUCAGAUAAAGCCAUUCACAUGAAUGUAAGCAAAUUCUAUAUUUUACCGGGUGAAGAAAACAUGGCAACUUCUGUUGCCAUGGAAGGACCAAUCACUGUCGGCAGAGUAAGCUCAGAUUUUCAGCUGUACAGCGAAGGAAUAUUUGAAGGAGAUUGUCCUGAAAGUCCUAACCAUGCAGUGAUUAUUGUGGGUUAUGGGACAGAGAAUGCUGGGGAUGAGGAUAAAGAGGGUACAGACUACUGGAUAAUAAAGAACAGCUAUGGCAAGGAAUGGGGAGAAAAUGGCUAUAUAAAAAUGAAGCGCAACAUCAACCAGUGCAGUAUUACUGACAUGGCAGCAACGAUAGACUUUACCAUGUAACUGAAUGCAAUGGCACACUGGUGUAUAUGUGCAUCAGAUGAUUUUUCAGCAGUAUAAUCUCACUAAACCUAUAUGUACCACUAUGUAACUACUACAUAUUAUGAUAUUAUGUAUCACUAUGCAAUAUAUAGCUUUUGUGUACAUUUUUUUGUAGCAGCUGAUAUCACAGUGUCCUUUUUUUCCAAUACCCAACGUAUAUAGUGAAUAAAGU